AGCACCUUGUGCACAGUCAGUUUCACGGUUGCCAGUCUAGUCAGUUUCCCCUGUUGUCUGUGGGGGGUUUGCACACAGCAGUGGGCGAGGGAGGGAGAAACAUUUUAAAAAAUAGGAACAUGUGAUUUUAAACCCACACACAUUGGCAGGAGGACUUGGGCAGGUGUGAGAUCUGAAACUAUUACUCAUUCUUUUAAAAGUGACUAGCUUUAAUUGGUGUCACUUUACACUCUCAGGGUCUAGUUAUCUGCUACGAGCACCUGCCAGAGACCAGGGUCCUAUCUGAGUGGAGACAGUCGAUAUCGAAAAUGAAAGCAGUGAUGUUGAACUGAACAUGCACACUCUGCAAGGUGGAAUAACAUUGACAGAUUGUUUGCAAAGCUGGGUGUGCCACGCUGGAGGAGGCUGCGGGUGGAAGACACCCACAGCCCUCUAGGGAGGGGGAUACAGAGGAGUACACCAGGGCUUCAUGCCCCUGGAGCUGGACAAGCCCUCUCAGAGCCAAGCAGAUGGGGUGACGGGAGCGGGGGAAGUGGGAAGAAGAUCUCCAGAACACACAGAGGCUGUGUGGCUUCUCAUCUGCUUCCGUGAGAGACAACCGGACGACCAUCCAGCUGACGAGUGUAAAGCAGCGAUGAGGAUUGGUCCCCGGCCAGCUACCAAGCACAGAGUGUGGAGGCCGGGCCUCUGGGUAUUCCCUGCCUUCCUGCUCCCAGCAGCACUGCUCCUUUUCCUCGGCCCUAGAGGCAACGCCUCCGCUUCUGCUCCAUUGUCGUUCCCAGAGGUGCGGUUGGUCAAUGGGCGCAACCGGUGCCAGGGGCGCGUGGAGAUCCUCUACAAUGGCUCCUGGGGGACGGUGUGUGAUGAUGACUGGGACCUAGUGGAUGCCAAUGUGGUGUGCCACCAGCUGGGCUGUGGCCAUGCCCUCACCAUGCCAGCCACCCUGACCUUCGGCCACGGGCGGGGGCCCAUCUUCCUGGACAACGUGGACUGCCAAGGGAGGGAGGUGGCCCUGAGUGAGUGCUGGAGCCGUGGCUGGGGCAUCCACAACUGUUACCACUAUGAGGAUGUGGCCGUCAUGUGUAACGAGCUCUCCCCGACCCAGGCAAGCAAAGGACUGAUAAGCAGAACCGCCACAGCCUCCCUGCAGAACAGGAAGAGUGAUGGCAACAUUCGGCUGGUGAGCGGCACUGACCCCUGCCGGGGCAGGGUGGAGAUAUUCUACCAAGGGACCUGGGGCACAGUGUGUGACGAUGACUGGGGCAUGAGCGACGCCAGCGUGGUGUGCAGGCAGGUGGGCUGCGGCCGUGCCGUGGCACACAAGAGCAACGCCUAUUUCGGCUACGGCACGGGGCGCAUCCUGCUGGACAACGUGAACUGCGAGGGCAGCGAGCCCCGCCUCUUGGCCUGCUACAGCCUGGGCUGGGGGAUCCACAAUUGCGGACACCACGAGGAUGCAGGGGUCAUCUGCACAGGUAAGGGAGCAAAGCCUGAUGGGAACGGCCGCCAUCUUGGGCUGCGGGUUUCAACAGUGGCACCAUUCACCACCUUGGCUGGCCGGGACUAUGGAGAGUCAUUCACUGACACUGCCACAGUCACGGAUGCCAGAGAUCAGCCCUCGCCGGAGACUGAAGUGAUCACAGUGGCCCUUCUGGCUGCAGGCAAGAGCAGUGGCAGCAUCAGGCUGGUGAACGGGAACAACAGCUGCCAGGGCCGGGUGGAGGUUCUGUACCGCGGCACCUGGGGCACGGUGUGCGACGACGACUGGGGUUUCACCAACGCCCAGGUGGUCUGCCGGCAGAUCGGCUGCGGGGUGGCGCUUGCGGCCACCAUCCUGGGCUAUUUUGGUUACGGCACUGGCCCCGUCCUUCUGGACAAUGUGGAUUGUGCCGGCCGGGAGGCUGACCUGGCGAAUUGCUUUCAUCUGGGCUGGGGGCAGCACAACUGUGGGCACCAUGAGGAUGCCGGCGUCAUCUGCAGAGGUGUGGAUGAGUCCGGAGACCAUUUCAGAGAAGAUGUUUCUGCGACCACCACCUCAGCCACAACUCAUCCCAAGGACGGAUUCCUGCGCCUCGUGAAUGGCAGCCACCGCUGCGAGGGCCGGGUGGAGAUGUUCUACCUGUCCCAGUGGGGGACCGUGUGCGACGACGCCUGGGACCUCCGGGAUGUCACGGUGGUGUGCCGGCAGCUGGGCUGCGGGGGUGCCCGGGCAGCCUGGGGGGAGGCGCGCUACGGCCCAGGCACCGGCUACAUCUUCCUCGACAACCUCAAGUGCAAAGGGGACGAGCCCUCCUUGCUGCGCUGCUCCCACAUCCCCUGGAACGUGCACAACUGCGACCACUCAGAAGACGCCGGCGCCCUCUGCGGGCUGCUAUGACCAGCUCUGUGCCCACAGCCAUCCAGAGACGCCCGGACCAACGGCGGCCCAAACCGUGGGGAAUUCCAGAUGUCAGUGACACCUGGCACAGGGCAGGUGGGCCAGCUGACACACCUAUGGCACUGAUGUCUGUGGGAGAGGAACACCCGCGUGACCUGUACAUCGCUGUAUAUAGCACGUCUGUAACGGGCAUGGAAGCCCUAUUCUUGCUGCCAUGCCCAGCAGGCCCCACCCCACCCCAGGGGCACUAGCGAAUGCUACUUGGACAAGUGCCAGAACCUCCUGCCUGGCCCGUUACCCACGAGGCACAGAGCAGAACUCCAGCCGCUCAUGGGCAUCUCUGCAAACUCUCUGGCAGGGGAAGUUUUUGUCCCAAGAAAAACCCCAGAACGGAAGAAAAGCAGGAAGGAACAUCGCUGCCCCGCAGCGUCUUUCUUGGAGAAACGGCAGAGACACACAGACCCAAGAAGCAGAGCCCAUGGAGAAGGCAGAGAACUUUGGUGCCAACCUCGCAUUGCUCGACUCUAUGGAGAGUCACUGGCCUCGGGAGCUGGAACGGACUAUUCUGCAGGGUCACUGGAGCUCAGAUACUAGCUGUGGCCAGCUCUCAUCCAGCCCAUGGUGAUAGUAACCAAGGGUCAUAUUUUCAUAUGCGCCCGUGUCCCAUUUUCCA